UGAAGGAUCAAGAUGGAGCCGAUCUCACAAGUUGUUAAAGUUACUCUUCCUAAUUAUUUGUCAGGUUUACCUAUUCCUGAUUCAUUUAGUGGUUGGUUUAAACUCGGAGUUCGAGACUGGGUGUCUCUUGUUCCUUUUGGAGCUGCUGUAGCGGGAAUAACGUACAUGUCCUAUAUAGCGUUUUGUCCAAAAGCGAAAGGAUUCUAUUCAAAGAAACCUUCUAAGUCACUAAUAAACCUAGAUAUUCAGAAGGAGGAUGCAAAGGUAGUUCACAGUUUUGAUGUUGAAGACAUUGGAGAAAAGGCUGCCUUUUGUCGUUGUUGGAGAAGCAAAAAGUUCCCAUAUUGUGAUGGUGCUCAUGGUGCACACAAUAAAGAAACUGGUGAUAAUAUAGGACCAGUCUGUAUUCAACGCAAAAAGAACUAGAGAAGAUAAAAGAUGCUUACUGCCAAGUUUGAUUAUUAACAUGCUGUGGUUAUGGUUUACACGUCAUAGUUCCGUCUGUUUUAGAUUACAAAGGUGAUAGUAAAAGCCCGUUAGUUUUGAUUUGUAUUCAGGUAGAAGAGAACUCUUUGAAUCAGGUGCCUGGAAAUGAGAAAACUUGUAUUAUUUGUUGUCCCUUUAAAUAUGAAGGCUGCUUGGGUGUAAAUGCAGUUGCACUGAAAACACUACAGCACUUUCCUUAAAUUAUCUUAAACCACAAUUGAAAUAUUUCACAUGAAAGUUCAGUCUAUUCUCUAAACAUCAGUGUGUCAUACUUGAUGUCAUGUUUUGACAGAAAUGCUAUACUGGUUGAUUAACAAGUGUCAGUCUCUUUAGCUGUGGAAGUCCGAAUGCAAGGAAAGUACUCCACACACUACCUAGUUAUGUGGCGCAGAGAGAGUUAAAUAUAUAUCAUAGCUCAUCUUCAGUAUUUGUAGUGUGGUUCUUGUCUUUAAGAGUCAUGUGACAGAUAUGGUACUGUCUUUCAUGUGUCCCUCUCCCCCAUUUUGUCUUAAUUUUCCUUUAGAAUAGAAUUUGUAAUAGUGCUUAAGACAGGUGGGUGAUUGUAGUUUAUGGAUUGUUAAAAAGAAUAUACAUUUAUAUAGAUGAAAAGUGAUGUAACACACUGUACAGGGUUAUUCAUAAGUCCUUGAAACAUUUUAAAAAUUCAUAACAAAUAAACUAUGCAUCGGAUCAUGGUAAUUCUUACACAGAUAGAGAAUGAAUCUCUUCAAGUUUUUUAAAAGCCACCAUUGCCUGCUAAUCUCAGGGAUCUUCACAACCGUAUCACCGCUGCUGUGGCUCUGGUCAACCGUGAUACGCUGACACGGGUGUGGGAUGAAAUGGAUUAUCGCAUAGAUGUCUGCCGUAUCAGCAAAGGUGGACACAUCGAGCAUCUGUGAACUAUGUAAAGAAAACUUGGUGAUUUUAUCUCUAUUUUAGUGUAAUAAAAUUUGGUAUCCCUUUCGUAGUUUAUUUAUUGUUAAAUAUUCAAAAUGUUUCACAGACUUAUGAAUAACCCUGUACAAUACUUAUAAAUUUUGUAUACCAUUCUGUAAUUGUAUUUUCAUUGAUUGAUUUUAAUCCUAUUGGAGUGUGGUAUCAUGAAUCACCAUAUGAUUAUAAUUAUGUAAGCAUAUAAGGUAAAGUUGUCCCUGUGCUUAACUAAUUAAGCGCUGUGCCAUGAAGGUGUAUAAUAAUCAUAACUAACUUCAGAUCAUUUGUACUUUUAAAUUACUUUCUCUGGGCGUAUCCAUUGUAGUAAAGCGACAGAAAUAUGAACAUUCACCACUCAUACUAAAGGUCUGCCUUCAUGGAAAUGAUGCUUAAGCACAAAGGUGUUCUCACGUUUACUUUACUUUAUCUUGGUUAUGGUCAUUACCCUGUGAUUUAAAUAGGGAAAGAGGUGCAACAAAUCACUGGAAUGUGUAAUUUUGUUAUACUGUGUUACAGAAAUAAAAAUAAAAUCUUAUUGAGAUAUAAUUAUAUUGCACUUAACCCAUUUCCAUGGCCAUGCCAUAGCUCAGAUCAUUUCUUGGAUUUGUGGUUGACAGAGUGACAAGGGGCAGGUUUUUCUGUGUGAACUUUGGUUCAUUCCUGCCAGCCAUGAUUCCACCAAUGCUGUAUACUCCUCUGUCAUCUCUGACUGGUACUGUAAGUCAGUCUCACCCAAUUCCAACUAAGUAGCUAUCAUUACCAUAUUCAUUGUCCUUCCAUUCAUAUGGAGCAGGCUGGUGGAUUGAAUCUGUAACAGGUUACUCAUUGUCUGGCUAAGGCUUGUCACAUUUUUCCAUGAUCUGUUAAGAUGAUGGCCACAGCAGCAUCCUCCCAAUCAUCAUAAACAUUUUCCCAUCUGACUCAUGUCUAUAUAACUUGAGGUUGAAGUAGCAUUAUUAAGUAACACAAUAAUUCAUUCUCAUUGAAUGAAAUUAAAUAGCCAAUUUAAUUUCAUAUUGUCUAUGAAGUGGGUGUAAACAUGGCUGAGAAGUGGGCGCAGCAAGUAAAAAGCUCAAUUUUCAGUGUACAGCGACGUCCGAUUCUAAUGAUAUUGUAUAGUUUCUCAGACUUCAAGUUAAAUGAUAUAACAAUAUUGUGUUCAUAAAAAAAUUAAUUUUAAUUCGUCAGAGUAAUUUGUAGCUUAUUUUUCUGGAUGGUAUUUAUACAAGAUGAUUAAAAAUCAGCCUUUAAGUCUUAUGCAUAGUUAAAUGAAAGUUUUUCUUCAUCCAUGAAAUUCCAGAACACCUUGGAUGAAGAUUUCCGUCCAUGAGGGUGGUUGAAGGUUGAGUUGAACAUGUCUUUUUAACCAAGAGACUAUAUAUGCAUGAACCACCAAACUGUCACUCCUUUCCAAGAUAUUUUCCCUUGACAUAACAUAGUUUUUGCAUCAUCCUUGCAAGUUACAGAUGUCAUCAGAAUAGAAGGUAUUCUUCACUGUGUAGCCAGUGCAGGACAUUUUGCUGAAUUUGUCAUCAGUUUGAAAUUUCUGCCCUGUUAAGUGCACCUUCAUUGGCACAAACAAAUGAAAAUCACUGGCAUUGAAGUCAGGGCUGUGAGGAGGGUGGUUCAUGAUUUUCUAGCCCAUUGUUGUCAGAGUUUCCUCUGUCAAAUUCCUAUAUGUGGAUGAGCAUCAUCAUGCAGCAGGAUGAUCUUUGAGAGUUUCCCAGCUCUUCCACUAAAUAAUUUCAUGCACAUCAUUAUGAAGCAAAUUAUUAUAAUACUAUGGAUUAAUUGUUAUGCCAUAUGGAAGAAAAUAAAUAUGAAUGGCUCCUGUUGAAUCCCAGAACACACUUCCCAUGAACUUGCUGGCAGUUAGCUGUGUCUUGAAUUUGUGGCUUUCAGAGAACUUAUUGUUGCCAGUCAUAGACACUUGCCCAUGAUAGGAUCUCUUCCCCAUACAUAACCUACAAAGAAUUUCUACUGGUUUCACUUUAUCUGUGAGUUAGAGACCACAUUAAUGAUAGGGGGAUCCAGAUAGGAUAAAUGUCCAAACUGGGUUGGCUGAUUGGAUUGGCUAAUCAUGCCAUAUGGACCAAUCCUUGUAUAUCCUAAAUAGAUGCAGUUUCUAAAUGUAUUGUCUGGUUUUCAGAUUACUGGACAAUGGCCAAAGUCCAAAAACCUAAUAAUUCUGUCAACCAAAUAGUUUGCUUAUACAAUGAUUCACAUGUGUCUGACAAAUACCUGGUGUAAGAGGCCAUUGCUGGAUGUGCAGUUUGUGGUCUUCUUCAGUCUUUCCAGGCAGUUGGCUGUAGUGGGAGAGAAUCGUCUUGUAGGAAUCACAAUCCAUGACCUUUUGCUCCCUAGUUCAUACAGUGGUGCUCCAAAUUGACUGUUGAAAGAUCCUGUAAUCCUAUAGUUGCUAUAAAUGUGAUAAUUAGUUUGACCAUCAUCACAAGUUUUUUCAAACAUCUUGGAAACAGGAUGUUUCCAUCAUCACAAGUUUUUCAAAUACAGUGUUUUAGAAACUGGAUCUCUUUCCAUCUCCAGGUGUGCAGGAGGAAACGUUUCUACUUUGUUGAGUCAAUCAGAAAGAGCUAGUCAUAAUUGCCAUGCCUAGAGCACUUGAAUAGGAAUCAUUUUCCCCUUGUGCAUGAUGAUAGAAACAGAUUCAGUUUUUAAAUGUCUUUGAUAAAACUCAAGACAAUUGACAAUGUCCAAAGUGGUAAUCAUGUUCAUUGUUAACACACCAUCAGUAGAAACAUUUACUUAUACUUAACUGGCUUCAAUGCUUAUCAGUUGUACAGACUGAUGAUUUUUAAGAAGAAAGAAAUGUUUUCAAGAUUGACCUAAAUGGCUGAUCUGUUGCAUACACAGCAUAAAUAUGUGAAGUCAUAAGAACAACAAAUGAUGAAUGUACCAACUAACUGUAAUAUGUUUUUGCUUGUUUGAUUUUAAUUCUUAUAUAAUGAAUUUUACCAAUACAGUUUCAUUAAAUUCCUUCAAGUGCUAGUUCAAAAAGGUUCUGGGUUGAUAACCUGGCAGGAAAUCAUCAGUGACUGUACAUAUAUGCAAUACACAACUGAAAUUGGUGACUGAACUGUCAUCUGAGACCAUAACCCAUUAUAAGAAUGAGAGCAUUAAUAAACAGAAGAACUAUGCGCAAACAUUAACUGCUUUACCAUUCUUUAAUCUUACUUUCUUAUACUUCAGUGCAUACAACAUGAAUCUGUUUGUCUUUUACCAAAAUUUAUUAGAGUAACCAGCUUAUCUCUUUACUGCAGUUAAUUUUAGAAUCUCAUCUAUUGGUCUGUUGGCUUAAAGGUCUUGAAUAUAUUCUCUCCAUACAUGGUAACUUAUUUUUGUUCAUCUUCAAUCAGUAUAAAUCAUCUUACAUGAAUUAAAUAUUAUUUACAAGAGUUGAAGAACUUAAUGCAAAGAAACAUUAUAUCUCUGAGUUAUUUAUUGAAUACUUUGGUAGAACUUCAGGCACAGGUGAAAGUUUUGUGCCAUUUGUAUAAUUUAUCAUAAUUUUCUUUCUUAGUAAAGUAUACCCUCAACAGUGUUACGUAGCAGUGCUUAAAUAUCUGGGGAAAAUAGGCUGCAGAAUUCACAUACAUACUUAGCAAUUACCGUAGUCAACACCUGGUUACUCAUAAAUAUAUCUGUUCAGUAAAACUGUGUGCUGACUACACACCUGCAAUCCUAACCCUAUCCCUUUUUUGAUCGAUUUACUGGGUGCAACUUGAACUGUUUCAGGUAUUGAGAUAGAGGUGGUAUGCAUGAAUGUGGCAGUAAACUCGGGAACUGGAAAUAUGGGUGGGUGAAUGUCGAUUCUCAGGGAACUCAGCAAUUAAUUAUCGAAGAACUUAUUAAUAUAGUGCACUAUUAAUUAAACUAAACUGUGCUAUGGUCAGCCAGCCACAUACCUUCAAGGAGCAGGCACCAAACGCCACCAAACCAUUCGGAGCUGUGUCUUUUCAGUGGCUUCAGCGGAGAUGUUGCCUGUCAAUCUGAUGCUACAAAAAAUUUGCUCCAACCCCUCAUGUGGUUCAUAUUAUGUUUUAAGGUGUCAGCUUGGAAGCCUUCUCCAGGAAACUAAUGCUGUGACAUUACUGUCAAACAUUUGACUAGCUCUCCCCAGCGAACUCAAGAAAAUUCCUGAAGAAACAUGUAUAUAACUGUAUAAUACUGCAGUACACUGUUGCAAUAUCUCAUGUCAUUCGUGAUUAACAUAAACGCAAAUUUAAAUUUUGAUCAAUUAAACAUUAGUAUCAAUUAACAGCUUCCAUCUAAUUUCAAGAUAGCACAAAAUAUUGCCAUCAGUAAUAGGAAGUAACUUCAUUCCAGUACCAAAGAAAAUAAAUACAAUUCUUUUCCAUCAGCUUUAUAGAACACCGUUUCAGCACACACUACUAGAAAUAGUUUUCCUUUACACAUUUAAUAGAAAUUUCCUCAGGCACAAGUAAUAUUUAUAUCAGGAACAUGUGUUUUUUUUAGUUAGCAUCACACAAUUUGUAACACACAUGUAACUUCACAUUGUUACAAGUAAGCAACCUUCAAUUCCAUGCCAUUACUAAUUAAAACAAGUGCCGUCUCAAAGUUGCAGGACAUACUCUAUAUUUUAAUGUUACAUACAGGCAUAUAUACGAGUAUAACCAAACCUUGUUUCCAUGCACUUGUUAGAUUUUGGCUGAUAUAGUAAUGCUUCCAACUUUUAUUCAGGAGGUGCCUGGAUCAAGUCUUAACCCAUACACAGACAGUCCUGAGGCUUUCAUUGUUUUCCUCAGUCCCUCCAGGCAAAUUCCAUGAUUUUACCAUGUAUUAGACUAUGACCGCUUCCUUCCACAUCAUUUCAAAUUUAUUAUUCACUGUAAUCCUAUCAUGCGACACUAUACAGUCUGGGAUAUUGAGAGCGUUGUUAAAUAAACUACAAAAGAAAGACACUGUGUCAUUACAAAUUUCAUUAUGAUAAAUUUUAACCUAUGUCUUGUCCUCCCAUAUAUGCCUAGGUCUUCCAAAUGCAGUUUCCUUCACUUCCUGAUUACAAUUUUAUAUGCAUUCCACACAUAUCAAAUUCUUUGUUAUUUGAUCAUUAAUAAUGUUUGGCAAAA